GUUAGAAGAUGAUAUCAUAUCUUCCGUUUGUGAUGUUAAUACUACACUUUGUCAAUAAUGUAUAUCACCCUGUGUCAGCAGGGACACUGUCAAACACACGGACAAAGCUUGACUCCAUAAAGUCCUUGAUCUACAGUAAUGCUAAGGCUACGGUUACACUGGACUCUACAGCUCUGAAGGAACUGGUCAAACUCUCAUCAUCAGGUUCUUCAAAACCAACGCGAGGUGUCAGUUUCUCUGUUUAUGUUGGGGCCAAAAUUCUUUCUGUUGGAAAAGGACAGACCGUUAAAUAUGAUGGAAUUCUGACAAAUGAUGGUAAUGGAUAUGAUGAUAGAACAGGAGUAUUCGUGUGUCCAGUGGCAGGAACUUAUAUGUUCGUUGUUGACAGUCUUUCUGUAGCGAACUGCCUUGCCAUAAAAGUAAACAAGCAAACUGUAGCGAGUGUAUAUAGGGGACAGCCUGGAAAGGAUACAUUGGAUCAGACGAGCAGAACAGUGAUAGUGAAGCUAAAGCAGGGCGACCAUGUCAAAGUGGAAGCAGUAUUAAGUAGUAAAAUCCAUUACCGUGGAUAUUCAGGAUUUACUGGAACAUUGCUUUACUAAUAAAGAAUCCAAUGACAUUAAAGUAAAUAAU